CCGGUUUGGAUGUACGGCUGUCCAUGCUGAUUGUCCCUAUACUUCUGUUAGUGAAACGCGCUCGCGGGUGAUUUCAAGAGUGCUGUGUUUGCGCUUCUCGAUCGCUUGUUUGCUGUAAGGAUCAUCGCUCGCUUUGAUUGGAGUUUUUCUUUCACUCCGCUGUCGGCUCUUUGUGUAUAUUUCUCUGCACACACCUCCGAACUGCUCUUUGCAUACAAUGGAAUUAUUCUUGGUGGUGAUUUAUGGUCAAAUUAUGCGUUUUUCGCGACGAGCGAUUGUGCGUUGCUAGUGAAAAUCGAAAAAUAAAAAAAACCGAUGCUUGUUGUUAUUUGCUUUUCUUGUGCGUUGUGUGUUGUUUGAUGCUUUGCAGCGUGCAGUGCUAUAAUGGUGCCGACCGAAGAUGAGAUGGUUGGAGAAAAUAUGCCGCAGUGAAACUAUACGGGAAAAUUAAAAUUAAACACACAUUCAUUCAUAAUUGCGUCCGGGACAAAGGAAGUGCCAAGACGGGUUUUUGGUAUUCUGAUGCCGCACCGUGCUGUUGGGAAAGGCGGAGCCAUUUGCUGGAAAAAAAUCGACCGAAGAAACGAAGAAACGAAUCUAGUGAACAUAGAUAACAGAGUCACAUGUGUUUUGUGUCGCUCUACUAUUUUUUCCCCUCGAGCGUUUGAAUGAGUGAAACUUGAAUUUACUACCACGAAAAAAGUAGAACUCAUGAAGUGCUGUAGGUUUAUUUUUUAGCUGUGACUUGUAACGACAGUUUCGAAAAUUAUUCAGGAGAAGAUCAUCAAUGUUUGUGGAUUAUAAAACGGUAUUGGAUAACUUGCUCUCCCUCACAAAACUCGUACUCAACACAGGGAACUGACGACAACUGUCAUCGUAAUUCCGGCAGAACAUAAAGGUCGCAUAGAGAGCAACAUGUGUUGAAGCAAAAGACGAUACCGAUGAAGAAUUACAACAGCCCCGGCUCUUUUCAUGAACCGAUAAUCAACCAAUAACUGUCAUUUGCGAUCGCCUUGCCUCCACAUUAUUGGUACCGCUCCAUAAAAGGAUUAGCAAAGCCUACUAAGAAAGCCGCACACUGCUUUUGUUGUUGUUGAUGUUGUUCUGAGUAGUGAGGAGUUAUUAGCCACAGUUGAUGGGUUCGUGGCUGCUACAGUAGAUAGAUGGCGCUUAGACCCACCUCACAUGAGCGAACCCUUGUCCAAGUGGGUGGUUUUUUCUUGCGCGGUGUGAUGUAGGAACCAUAUGAACCUCCAAGUAUAUCCAAGAGAUUAGCUGUGGGUCCAUGCUUCUUGUCUUAUUGCUUACGCUUAGAGUGAGUGGUUCAUGUAAGUGCACCCAACUGGGGGGAAAAAGCACCACAUCAAUCGACCGUGCACUGUGAGCUGAGUGAGUUUCGCUGUACAUAACAAGGCUCGAAUGUGUCCGUGAGUGGAAAAGAGCAUCUAAGAAUCAAGCACGCUUAGACGACGCGCCUCUUAAACCCUAUGGUUCACUGCGCCUGGUGGCAGAAAAGUGAAGUGGCCUAUUACAUAACCAUAAAUUACCAUUCGGAAUUCGAAUUGUAAUUCAGUGUGGAUGUAGAAGAGAAGAAGUAAUCAGGAGAAGGCUGAGGCAUCGGGUGUGUAGGUUCCGCGUUUGGUGCUUAGUCAAACAAGAGAGAAAAAAAAAGUCGAACAAGCAAGCAGGCAAAUAGUCCGGUGAAAAACGGCGAUUAAUUAUUCAAUCGGAAGUGAAUGCUUCUUCAACAGACGAAGCCACCGCUGUAGAGCUGUAAACCUAAUUGGGACAAAGUCAACAGCCCUUGUUUUGCAAUAAGUGCCUGCAGAAGCAGUAGCAGCAACCUACAAAAAGUUGGAAUUUCUGUGGAGUCGGGUAUCGCAUUCGGGGUAAAAAAUGGUGCUCUGCGACAGUGAUUUAGAUGUAACGGGCAUCUCGCAAAAGUGGAACAAACUCCGCCGUCGCUGUGCAUCGUUCAAAACAGUCUCCGGCCCAGCGUCACUCGAUUCGGACACCAAUUUUAUUCUGGCCGAGCAUCCGUCUCACUACCAAAUAAUCGCAGCCGGGCCGGUUCCGGUUCAAGUUCAACAGCAGGUGCAACAUCAUCAGGGGCACCAUCACCAUCACCACCACGGCCAUCAUCGACAUCACCAUCAUCACCACCAUCAUCAUCACGAUCCUGAACGCCAGCUAGCCGAUCAGACACACUACGGACAUCUGCAUGACCCGAACUGGGAGCUACGGCACUCCAGCUCCAGCUCAACGUCCACAUCGUCCUCCACGAUUGGUCCUCCACCAAUCUACGCCGCGGAAGAGUACUGGCAAAUCCACGAACGAGAUGUAAAACUGUGGCGUCUCGGCGCCCACCAGACCUACGCCCACAGGAUUCGAGUCACUCCGAACCAGCGUCGCAGCGCGCACAGUAUCGACUGGGAGUACAACGUCCACAAGUACGAAAACAUGGUCGAGCCAGCCCAAGUGUCCGCUGCUCGACUUUUCCGACACGAAAAGCUCCAGUACUACGAUGAAGUGUCCAGUGUUACAAAGAAGAACUCCCUCGGUGCUAGUGAAAGUGAGAGUGGAAUCAAAAUUGCCAAAGAGAUCAAACUGCCUAGUCUGAAGAAUUUCAAAUCGGCGUCCAUGCGCCUUCCGGGACAAAAGUCGUCCAUCAACGAAGUGCAACAGCUGCUUCGAAGUAAAUUCAAUCGAAUUCACGCAGGUCUACGCAAGAGGCGAGCACUUUCCGUCCAAGAAGUGUUCCAAACGCCAGUACAGGUCACUCCAACGAAACCUACCUUCUACGUUCCGUCCCCGCUGGUCGGCGAACGGAGCCCUCACAAUCCCUCCCGAUACGAGGAGGAACCCAACGAAGAUGAGGAAGGACCCGUUAGCUUACCAUACAUCAACGAAAACCUCCUAAAAGUUGAUCAAUCCGAAGUGCACCUCCGUGAUCGGUCUCUCAGUCCACGAAAAGAACGAAUCAAAACCUGGUACCGCAACAUCGAUCUCAGCGCUCCCGUUCGAAAGUCCGAUCAGGACACACCCAAAUCAAGCCAAACCAAUAAAAAUGGGAAACCAUCCAUUUCCGCUACCGAAGAGGAUCAACCCGACACCGCCAAAGAGAAACCAAACUUCGUCAUCGGAGGACGCGUAUCGCUACGUGAGCGCGUCGAAAACAUGAACCUCAACCGACUCCGAUCGAAAACCUCCAGCGUCAACUCCUCGUCAGCUAGUCCGCUGCCGAAAAAGUCAACCGAACAGCGCAAGGCCCGUCCCCGUAGCCAUUCCCCGCUGAAGAACAUCAAGAUCAAUCUAUCCAGCAUCGGGAUCGGUGGAACUACCAGCGAAGUGACACCGAAACCGAAGCGUGAGUCAUUUGGCCUAUUUGGCCGGCUGAACCGUAUGAUGCACGGUGGCAGUCCCUCGCCGGAAAAGUCCAACCGUUCAGCAGCGGUGACCGUAAAUGGAGCUACCCCAGUGCGGCAGAAAACGGACAGUGGUAACGGUUCUGCUGCAAAGGCUGCCGGCAACCCGGCGUCCGUUAGCUAUAGCGGCAAUGUUAGUAAACAAUCCACCAUUCAGAAGCUGACGCAGCUAAGCAGUGGGAAUCGACGGGACUCGGCAACCAUCAAGGCGGAAGCGAACGGCAAGGAACGUGACCGGAAAUCUAAGCAGAUUUCCGACAGCUCACACAAAUCGUCCGUUUCGACCAGUGGACUCUCGAAGCCCACAUCGGUCACCUUUAUCAAGGUUCAGGAUGCCCAACAGCAGAAUGGCCACGGCGACGAAGAUGACCUCGAAGAUGAGGAAAUCGAGGAAAGCAAGUUCUGCACACUACCACGAAGUGGCCCCAAUGCAUUCACCAUUCGACAAGCCCGCUUUGUCAAAGGUAAUGGCGCCAAAGCGCUUGGAUUUUCGAUUGUAGGCGGUAAGGACUCACCGAAAGGAUCCAUGGGCAUCUAUGUCAAAACGAUCUACCCGAACGGUCAGGCAGCGGAGAAGGGAAGCCUCCAGGAGGGAGACGAAAUCCUCUCGGUCAACGGGAAAGCAUUCCAGGGUCUGUCCCAUCAGGAGGCGAUCAAUGUGUUCAAAUCGAUCAAAACUGGCGACGUUGUCAUUUUGAUAGGCCGGAGGAACAACCGCCGCAAGUUGGACACUCCGUCCCCGCAAGGGCGAGAUUGAUAAAUUCGAUUUGGUGUAAAAAUACCUAUUAGUGGAGUGUUUAUUUUUACCAACCUUAAAAAUAAGGAUUUCUAACCACAACUGCAAUUAUUAGUCCUAAGAAGCCGAACAAAAUUUGGAAAACAAAAGUGAAAGAAAGUGCCUAAUUGACACUUUCACUUCCAAAAAAAUAUUAAACCGUGGCAGCUAGCUUAGCUCGAACCAAAUUAUGAACUCGAAAACAACUACCUAUUACCAUUUUGUGUGUUUCAUAUUCCAUGUAAAACAACGUCGAACAAUGUAUGCAGACACAACUAGUCCAUGAUCCUAAAUAAAAUUUGAAUGUUUGCACACAGUUCAUCGUCGAAAGAAAAUAUCUAUCCACAUAAAUAACGAUUAGUUCGUAUAACCAUACCAAAGGAUUGUCAUCAAAUGAAUACAACACGAAGCGCGAAACAAGUGUCUUUCUGCGCAUAUUGAACAGAUAUUUUGAAAACUCAAUGUUUCUUUUGUUAAAUCAUUUUACUCUCUAUUUCCGGCACGCGCGGAAUGGAAUGAAUGUAUUAUUUUUGACUUUAUUUACAUAUAUGUACCAGUAAACCCAACCAUACGAAU